AUGGCAUCGAUUUUCACCUAUGAUCCCGAUCCACCUCGGGUGUCUUCGCCAUGGUCAAUUUCUGGCUCGUCAACCCCUCACCUACAUCUUCCGGGAGCUGGCGGAAGGGAACACGUUCGCGGCGAUUCAGAGACUGGCCGACAAACGGUCGAGUCUAACCGCCUUGCGGACUACGGUAUUACCAAGCUAGAGCCCGAGCCUCAAGAGGGUCCAACGGAGUAUAAAUUGCAUCUCCUGCUUCGGCCUCGCAGGCCUUUUAUCUCCAUGUCCACCGGCCAAGUGGUAGGUGGCCAUUACGAUUUCAAAGGUACAAUUCCAAACCCUAGUUCGACCUUAAGCCUCAGCAACUUAGAGGCUUUGCCUUCCCCAAGGUCGCCCCCGACGCCUUCAGCUUUGAAUAGUCGCCAGCAGAGGUUGCAGCAGCUUACAACCCAGUUACUAUGGCGCUUGCAGCAGUCGUCUCCGUUCCACUCCUCCUCUACGGCCAAUCUGGUGCUUCCAGUGCUACCAGAAGCUACACCAAGGCUCGGGGUUCCGCAGAAACCUUCUCGUCUUCUGCCAGGUCUCGAAGAAAGCCAAGGUGCACUUUACGAGAUAGGUGUAGCCGACGCUGGGACUUUUGUAGGCCUGAUCAAAGACGAGUUAGAUGAAAGUCUAAACAAUCUAAAAGGCAUGGCUGCUAGUCUUGGUUGUAAAGUUGAAGUUCUUCGCAAAGUGGUAGUUGGUACAUGUGAAUGGACGGAGGAUGCCGACUCCGCAAACAUUCGCUCUGAAAAGCUCUGGGUUGCAGAGGCCUUGGUGAGUCCAGACCUUGAAUACUACAACCGCCAGUCUACCGAGGGUUUGAACAUGGAAAACUUGAGUUUGGAUGACAGCGUACCGGCGCCAAAGGAAGAGCUUAAAUUAGAUGGAAGUUGCUCGCACACGGAGCAAAUUCGCGUCUCCAUCACCGGUCCCAGUGCUGCAGGGAAGUCGUCGCUACUUGGCACUUUGACAACAUCUGCGCUCGAUAAUGGGCGUGGGAAAAGCCGGCUGAGUCUCCUGAAACACAGACAUGAAAUAUCAUCUGGAAUAACAAGUUCUGUGGCCCAGGAACUGAUUGGUUAUCAUGAUCCCUCCUCUGUUGCGGGGGGUCCAAUUGAUGUGGUUAAUUAUGCCUCGGGAAAUGUUACUGCUUGGAAUGAUAUCCAUGCAGCUUCUGAUGGCGGACGCGUUGCAUUCGUCUCUGACCUUCCGGGUCUCCCCCGUUAUAUGAAGUCAACCCUUCGGGGCCUGAUCAGCUGGGCUCCACACUAUGUAUUCCUUUGCAUACCAGCAAACAGCUCUCAUGGCACUGGCACUACACAGGACGACGGUGAACAGGCGCCCGAGAUAGAUAUUUGCUUGGCUUAUCUUGACCUCUGCAUAAGACUUGAGACGCCCCUGAUUGUGGCCAUUACAAAAUUGGAUCUCGCAUCGCGCGUUAGCCUAAAACAGACUCUAGCCAGAGUGCUCUCGGCCAUGAAGGCCGCGGAUAAAAAGCCUCUUAUGCUCGCUGUUGCUGGGGAAGACUCCGGUCAAAAUUCGAAUAUCCACAAAAUAUCCAAGGCAGACUGCAGUGAGGCUCUCAAAACCGUUAAUGCCGUGAAUGGCGACUGGUCUAGCACAACUCCCAUUCUGCUUACUAGCGCUGUCAAUAGCUCUGGGAUAGGAAAGUUUCAUGCCUUGCUACGCUAUCUCCCGCUGCCACAAACCCCAUCGUCAAGACUUGUACGCCCACCACGAUUACAGCGACGACAGGAAAUACCGACGGAUGUAUUUGACAUUGACGAGGUCUUCGCCAUUCCCCCGUCAAAGGUGUAUUCGUCCUUUGACAGUUCUCGAUCAGAUACGAAAGGCGUGGUGCUGUGUGGAAUUGUUCGCCACGGAAGCGUUUCAGUCGGUGAUGAGCUAGUCGUCGGGCCCAUUGCGGUGGAAAUCAAGCCGGAGGAUAACCCCACGACACCGCAGGGCUCAAGACCAAGAUCGUUACAAGACCGUCCCUACAAAAGCAGAACGCCCUCCGGGGAAUUCUCUCCUUACUCUCCAGGGUCCUUUUCGGGGAAGUCUCGGUUCUUGUCCCAUGCGGAAUGGCAGCGAGUACGAGUUGUUAGCGUGCGCAAUCUGCGUUUGUCCGUGCGAAUCCUUCUCGAGGACCAAGUAGGCACCAUUGGAGUUGAACCAAUUCCCUGGGGUCCCGGGAAAGAAGUGAACACUCUCGGCCGUCUCAGAAAAGGCAUGAUCUUAGCCCAGGCUAAGAUAUCUCCUGAGCGUCCUGGAAGUAGCAGCAUUCCUAGUUGUCUCUCGUUCAGCACCGCGUUUGUAGCUACAUUCCCCGCGCGGGACUUCUCCUCACCAGGCUCUCCACCUCUUAUUCUCGGAGGCGUUGUCGUGGUGUAUAUUGGCAACAUUCGAGCAGCAGCCAAAGUCACCUGUGUGGCACUAGCGGAUGACGAAGAUGUUGAUUCACCGACGGGGCCACUUCUCGAAGAGCCUGACUUCUUCAACUUUGACGAUGACGAAGAGAAGGACAAGCAAAAGCAGCAUAGAUCUCGGCGUGCACGACCAGAAAGCGAGAAGACGAUAGACGUGUCCGGUGCGCAUGUCAAUGGCUACGUCGACAUCACAUUCGGAUUCAUCUCGUCCAUCGAAUGGGUUGAAGUUGGCUCUUUGGUAGUCGUAAUGCCGGGCAUGACUACUGCCACCUCUGCUACUGGGAAUCCCAUCGCACUCUCGGGGCUUGAAGGUUAUGUAGGACGGCUUGUUGAAGUCAGCAGCAGUGAAGAUAUGUCUGGGCGAUAG